AUGUCAGUUCAGGGCGAGCUGCGCAUCGCAUGCCUUCCAUGUCUCUUCUUUUUCUCUGCUCCAGCCUUCUUUGCGCCGCGUGCGCGCCUGCCUUGCCUGAUUCUCUCCGUCGUUUGCCUUCUUGUCUCUCCAGCGUCGGCUCAUCCGUGCCGCGCCCUCCAGAAAUGUAGUCUGCAUGCUCCAAACGCCUCUCUCUGUGCGUCUCCGUUCUCUGUCUCUACUUCCUCGGCCUUUGGCGCUGCCUCCUCUCUUCUUUCGCGUCGCCUGGAUUUUCCUACAGGUCACGUGAGCCCGCCAUGUCUCUUUCUCGCCGCGGACACUGGAGAGCAAAAAUCCCGGCACGAGACAUUUUUGGCGCUGCAUGCGCCCGCGCAUCCGCCUUCUGCCCUCUCUCUCGCGCGUGUCGCACGCACUCACUCUUUCUCCUCGCUAGCGUCUUCUUCGCAGCUGCCCUAUUCCACUCGGUUCAGAGAGGCAGUCCGCUCCAAACCAUGUCUUCACACAGCUCUUGCUGAGGCUCACUUGCGCUUGGGGGCGUCAGCGGGGAAAUCGGGAUGCCCGUUUCUCCAGCGCCUCACCCCCCUCGGAAGGCGAGGAUGGUUGUCUCCUCUGGGCUUCCUUUCUUCGCCGUCGCGGCCGCCGUUUGGCCUUCUAACUUUGCCUCAUGCUUCCGCAGACAGGUCGCCGAGGAGAGGGACUCCUCUCUCAGCCUCUGCGGCGUCGCCGUCGUUUCCUCGCGCAUUGUUGGGCGAGUCGCUCACUCCGCUGCGUUCGCUCUGCAAGUCGAUUCGCACCUCCCUGGCGAUGCAGUGUGAUGCCCGCGCGGAUUUUCUCAGCGUCGUCGGCGGCCGCUUUCCAUCAGAUCCAGACGGACGCGGAUGUCUUUUAAAUGGCGACCGCGCUCGCCCCCCGCAGCACAGCUCGCGGCUCUUUGGAGGGCCUGAGGGAGCCGAGCGAGGCGGUGAGCUGCGGGCAAGUGGAGAGAACGAUGCGAGGAAGGAGUCGCCGAAAAAGCGCGAGGCGCUGGAUAACUCAGAGCGUCAGGGCGCCGGCGCGAAGGCCGUCGUCGAUUCCCCCCUCGCAGACGGAGGUGAAGGCGCUGACGUUUGUUGUGGCUGCGCAAAGCCGAUGACGAAGCGGAGGAGAGCGAGCAAAGCAGAAAAUAACCAUGCCGAGGGCAGUCUCGGCGCGGACGGGUUCCCUGCGACCGCGGCGCCGGGGGAGGAGUGCGCGGUAUCUCCAACGGGGGAGAGUGCCCAGGCAGGGGCCUCUGCAGGAGAGGGCGACGUGAAGAGAGACGUCAGCCUCGCGGCGCUGAAGGCCAGAUGCCGCCAGAUGCACAUGUCGUGCAAGGGAACGAAAGAAGACAUUCUCCAGCGGCUCCAAGCCGCCGACGCCCAAGCGAAGCAGACGGCAGAACCCAGCAGACAGGGAGACGCCGAGAAAAGAGCGAGCGGACACGUCGAAGGAGAGUCGCCUCAGGACGCGGAGGGACCCUGUCGGGGUCCAGCGGCGGGCGACCGGGAGACGAAGCGAAACCGCGCGGAGACGCGUGAGCAGAGAGAGACAGGCGAUGGAGGUAAAGGACAGGGACCUAAAGAAGGAAUGACGAGAAGGAGGCGGAAGAAGGCUGCAGACGCAGGAGCGAACUCAGGCGCCCAGAAGGGGCAUGCAACGGACGGCGGCGAGCAGCAAGCAGGAAACGUGACACAUGCAGGACCGAAAGACAGACGACGAACGCGGAGCUCUAGCGCGCCUCAGGAGGAAGCGAAGAAGACGCCAGUUAGGAAAAAAGAGGGAGGGAAAGAUACGGAUGAAGAACGCGAAGACGCGGCGGAGCGCGGGCCUGCGAUAUGCGGUGAAUGCGGCAAACGGAUGAACAGAAGAGCAAAGUUCUGCGGGCGCUGUGGCGCGCCAGCUGGGGUAGCCGCUCGGGAGACGCUGCGCGACUUCAUCGAACACCACUUUCUCCCGAUUCGAGAACAAGAAGUCGGCGAGCACACUCGCCGCGUCGAGCGAGGAUUCUGGAAGUCGAUUCUCGAGGUGCUGGGCAACGUAGCCGUCUCAGAGCUCUCGGGCGUGCACUGGGAGCGCUACCUCAAAAUCCUCAAGAAGCGGAACUGCUCGCCGAGGACGCAAGCGCUCCACCAGGUCGCCUACCAAGCUGCCCUUCGCUACGGUGUCCAUACCGGGCGGCUGCCGCGCUCUCACGACUUCCGCAGAAUUCGAGGCUGCACAAAGCGCACGCUGCAGUCUGAGCCUCUUCGAGCUGGGGAAGUGCCUCGGCUGCUGGACGCCGCGGGGAGCCUGAUGCAUCGGAGCAUGUUUGCGGUCGGCAUCGGGAUCGGCCUCCGCCCCAGCGAGCUCCUCCGCCUCCACUGGGAAGACGUCGACUGGCGCAACAACAUUGCGUCUAUUCGCGGCUCCAAGACCGCGGCCUCGCGCGCCGCAGUCCCGCUUACCGACCUCGCCAGGCGAGAGCUCUUCAAAUGGUGGGAGAAGGAAGGAAAUCCGACGACCGGUCUGUGCUUUUACGCGGAGGGCGCCCGGCGGGCGGCGCUCAGGCUGAAGCAGGAGGAGAACGAGAGGAGCUUCAAGAAGGCGCUUCAGGCUGCGGCGAAGCGCGCGGGCCUCGAAAAGACUCCGGACGGCGAUCGUCGGCGCAUUUUUCCGUAUCUGCUCAGGCACUCUUUUGCGACUCUGGCCGCCACUUCGAACCCCCCCGUCCCGCUGCCAGUCGCGCAGGCCGUCAUGCGCCACACCUCCUCGAAGAUGCUGCUUGACACCUACGCGAAAGCGGGAACGCUGGUGAUCAAGGAAGGCCUCAAGAACUUCAACGUCUGA